AUGGCCAGAACCAAGCAGACGGCCCGUAAAUCCACCGGAGGCAAAGCCCCCAGGAAGCAGCUGGCCACCAAGGCUGCCCGGAAGAGCGCCCCGGCCACCGGCGGCGUGAAGAAGCCUCACCGUUACCGGCCCGGUACCGUGGCUCUGAGAGAGAUCCGUCGCUACCAGAAAUCCACCGAGCUGCUGAUCCGCAAGCUGCCCUUCCAGCGCCUGGUCCGAGAGAUCGCUCAGGACUUCAAGACCGACCUGCGCUUCCAGAGCUCCGCUGUCAUGGCUCUGCAGGAGUCCAGCGAGGCUUACCUGGUCGGCCUCUUUGAGGACACCAACCUGUGCGCCAUCCACGCCAAGAGGGUCACCAUCAUGCCCAAAGACAUCCAGCUGGCCCGCAGGAUCCGUGGAGAGAGAGCUUAGACUGUCUGCUGCUCCAAAACAACCACAAAGGCUCUUUUAAGA